AUGGCCGGGCCGGGGCCGCAGCGCCUCUCCCGCGGCUCGGGGCGGCCGAACGAGGGCGGGCGGGCAGAAAAACCCGGCAGAGAAGAGGAGAAGCGGCGGCCGCAGCCGCUGAGGCGGGCCAGAAUAGCGAUCCUCAAAGUAAAGCCCCUGAAAGAUGCCUGUAGGUGCCAGCAGGCCGCUGGGAGAUGCUCAGCUGUCCGCAUUGUGGUGGCCCAGGGUCGGCGAGGCCAAGAAGGAUGCUUUUUGUGUAGUACUCACAACAGUAGUAGCAUUGUAAAAACAAGUGUCAUUUUCACACUGUUAAAUCUCCAGCAAGGUUGGAAGAGGAAGUGUAUAUUCUGUCUUCAAGAUGCCACUAAAGAUAUAAUAAAGGAGCAAAAUCGAGAGUUAAGAGGUACACAGAGGGCUAUAAGCAGAGAUAGAGCAGCACUUGAAAAACAGGAAAAACAACUGGAACUGGAAAUCAAGAAAAUGGCUAAGACUGGUAACAAAGAGGCCUGCAAAGUGCUGGCAAAGCAGCUGGUGCAGCUGAGGAAGCAGAAGAAUCGGACCUAUGCUGUGAGCUCCAAAGUCACUUCCAUGUCCACUCAAACCAAGGUCAUGAACUCCCAGAUGAAGAUGGCAGGAGCUAUGUCAGCUACAGCAAAAACAAUGCAAGCAGUUAAUAAGAAAAUGGAUCCACAAAAGACACUACAAACUAUGCAGAAUUUCCAGAAGGAAAACAUGAAGAUGGAAAUGACUGAAGAAAUGAUUAAUGAUACGCUGGAUGAUAUUUUUGAUGCUUCUGAUGAAGAGGAAGAAAGCCAAGAUAUUGUUAAUCAAGUGCUUGAUGAGAUUGGGAUUGAAAUCUCUGGCAAGAUGGCCAAAGCUCCCUCAGCUGCCAGAGGUUUGCCAUCUGCAUCGGCCUCGACCGCCACCACCAUAUCGGAUGAGGAGAUCGAGCGCCAGCUCAAAGCCUUGGGCGUGGAUUAACUGAUCCAGUUCAGAGUGCCUGCUGGGUGCUCAGCCCUAGACACAUGUACAAAGUGCAAAUACUCUUUCAAUGCAACUGAUUCCUAGGAAAACCCUGAAGUCUCAGAAAUGACAGCUUGGAGAUCAAUUUGCAGAGAAAAGUACAUCUUUUUUUUCAUCCACUGCAUGGAGUCUUUUUGACUCUGGACCAACCAGGGGUGUAGUUCUAACAGUAAAUUCACUUACACCUGAUCCAGAUCUGUCCUUUGGAUUCAAAUUCAUUUUCUUCCGUCUCAGUUCUUGAUCUGUCUCUAGAACUGGCUAUUCUGUGGCUGGUCAUGCCACUUCUUAGGACAGCACCUAUGUAAUAUUUAUCAUUUUUACAAAACUAUCAUUAUAGAAACAUUCUUAUUCUGUCAUCUCUUAGCACAAAUGAAACUUCACCUUGGCUGUUAGUUGGAAACUAUUUUUUCCAUGAGAAAUAGCUUUGAAAGUCUAGCUAAUUUAGGCAGAAAGAAAAAGCAUUUUAUGCAUUUCCUUGAAAUUCCUUCUGAGCUGAUGAAAUAAUAGCUUGUUACUCUUCUUACCAGAAGGGAAGGAUACACUCGUAGUGCAGUUAAUUUUUAUGGAAGAGGAGUUACAUUUAUUAGUGAACUUUGUUGCAUGAAAGGCACUGAUUGAACUCUAUUGUACUGUAACAUAGCUGGUUUCAACAGAAUUGCUGUGCCUUUAUGUAUAUAAAUCUUGUACCUUUGUGAUUUUCUUUCAGAAUGAGUCUUUGAAAGGUGAGUAAACUUAAUUAUUAAGAUGGUUUCACAAAAUGGUUUGGUGAGACCUCUCUGUACACUUGAUGGGACUCAGUGCUGGAGAGAUGCACUCAUUCAGAAAUGCAACUUGUGCACUUGCAAAAAGGACAUUUGCCUGAAGCAACAUUUGUAUAUAUUUUACAGUAUUUCUUAAUGGAAGAUAACUGCAUAAUUGUAUUGUUUGCUGAGAUGCAACUGAUCACAUUGAUAAACUAAAUCUAAAUAUUAGUUUUGAGAACAAUUUUGGAUCAUAAAUGAUAGCUACUUGUCUAAACACUAUAAUAAAAGCGUUCUGGUUCUGUGGAGGUUUUCUAUGGUCUCUGAACUGCAUCAACACAACUCUAGCUUUAAAUGGAAUAUGCGUUGUGCUAAGGAAUAAGAACUGUUGAUACUUGAAAUAGUCAAAAUGAGAAUGCAGUUCCCAGUUAUUACUUCCUAGGUGGUGUGAUAUUCCUCAGCCCUGACUCUGCUGGAGAUAUUUACCCCUCAGUGUUGAUUUAGUGGUGCUGCUCAUUUGAAAAAAAGUAACAGUCAUCUUGGCUUUAAAAACAAAAAAGCAAAAUACCUCCCAAAAGCAAGACCAGGAAAACUAGGGGGGAACAAACCUCAUGAAGAGACUUUGCUGCUAGACAAAGCAUAGCAGGAAACCUGUGAAUCUACUGUUGUUGCACCAUCUACUGUUUAGGACUGAAGUCAGCAAAGAGAAUUCAUAGGAGAGCCUUCCUCAGGUUUUAGGCCUAGAACUGCAGGUAUUCUUUCUCUUUCUUAGAAAUAAUGGACAAGCUGAAUCUGUCAGGUAGUGAGUAGGAAUGUGUAAGUUAAUAUAUUGCAUAUAUCCAAUAUGGGGUGAUUUUUUUUUACAAGUUAUUUUGUAAAAAUCUAAUAAAAGGCUUUUUAUUCCACAA